UUUCGGCUCGAGUUAUUUACAGCAAGCCAGUGUGCGACGCAAGUUGUUUGGGAUUUUCCAGGCAUCAUGGCUGCGGAUUUCACUCUGGAGGAGGUGCAGAAGCACAACACCCCAGAGGAUGCUUGGGUGAUCGUGGACGGCACCAUCUACGAUGUCACCAAGUUCGCGAAGAUGCACCCCGGCGGCAGGAUGACGCUGCUGGACUACGCGGGCCAGGACGCGACGGAGGAUUUCUUCGCGCUGCACCGGCACGAGGUGCUCGCGAAGUACACGCGCCUCGUGAAGGGUCGCGUGGCUGGCUCCAAAACGGCGCUGGCCACGGCCGUCGAGCAGAAGAAGCAGUUCAGCGCCGUGCCGUACGCGGAGCCGUCGCAUCUGCAGGGAAUGACGUCCCCGUACUUCAAGGAGACCCACAUUGCCCUGCGGAAGGCGCUGCGCGCUUGGUGGGUCGAGAACAUGUACGAGGACGCCAUGAAGUGCGAGGCCGACAGCUCGGUGCCAGACCGGGAACUCCGGAUCAAGGCGGGCGACAUGGGCAUCCACGCCAUGAGCCAGGGACCUGGCCAGCACCUCAAGUACACGCCCAAUGGCCUCAUGGGUGGCAUCGUCUCCGCGGAGGAAUUUGAUUACUUCCACGAGCUGGUGGUCCAGGAGGAACGCGUCCGCCUGAUGUGCCCAGGCUGGGAGGACGGCAUGGACGCGGCCAACUCGAUCGGCGUGCCGGUGGUCAUCAAGUACGGCCCUUCGUGGAUGAAGGACGAGCUCCUCCCGGCCAUCUUCCGCGGGGAGCAGACGUGCUGCCUGGCCAUCAGCGAGGCGUUCGCUGGGAGCGACGUCGCGGCCCUGCGCACAACCGCCGUGCUGGACGCGUCGGGAGAGAACUACAUCGUGAACGGCACCAAGAAGUGGAUCACUGGCGGCAUGUACGCGGACUACUUCGUGACCGCGGUGCGCACCGGCGGCGCCGGCGCAGGGGGCAUCUCCAUGCUCCUGGUCAAGCGCGACGACACGGUGCAGACGAAGAUCAUCAAGUCGAAGUACUCCAGCGCCGCAGGCACUGCCUUCGUCACCUACGAGGGCACCGUGGUGCCCAAACGGAACGUCUUCGUCAAGGAGAACAAGGGGUUCCAGAUCAUCAUGUCGAACUUUAACCACGAGCGCUGGA